AUGGCGUGGAAAGAAGUGGGCGCGUGGGAGAGAUGUGGGAAAGCGUCGGCAACAAGCGCUAGCGUGGAAAGAAUAGCUGUGGCGUGGAACCUGGAGCGGCGUGGCAAGUUUCAUGGGAAAAAGAUCGGCAAUGAGCGGUGGCGUGGAAAGGAAUGGGACCGGGUCGGCGCGCAAGAGAGACCGGGGCUGAGUUGGCAAAGUCCUGUGGCGUGGCAACUGAUUAGGCGCUGGCGUGAGAGUGUGUCGGCAAAGGACGGUGGCGCGUAUCGCGGUCUCUGCCGGGCGCCGUGGCACGGGGCUUUGUCAGGUGACCACAAUCACCUGCCGAUCGUUGAUUCUCCAGCGACUAAGUCCCUCGUCGCCGUCCUCCUGCCGCUUUGUCUCCUCUUCCGAAUGCCGUCCAUCCUCCCCGUUCUCAAGGCGAAACUUGCUGAAUACAUGCUCUCCCUCCCAGAUGGAGCGGCUGAGUAUGAAGAUUAUGAGCUCUGGGGCCAAGGUUUCGCCCGUCGUGUGGCUCUUCUCGAUCGUUCGGCGCGUGGUGAAGACAUUCCCGAACUUGCCGAUCUCAUCGCCGAAGCUGAGCGCGGGCUCGACCACAUGGCUACCGACGGCUGGCUGGUAUGGGGGGCGCGCGUCCUGCCGCAGCGGGCGGCGCGCUUUGCUGUGAAGCAGCAGAAAGAAGCCGAAGAACAGGCCCUGGCUGAGGAGACCGAGAGGGUAGCUGCCGCCGAACGCGAGGCUGAGCGAGCGGAGGCGGCGCGGGCUGCUGCUGCGUCGCAGGUGGCCGCAGAAGAUCGUCAGCGGCGCCGGGACGCUGUGGUAGGCGCCAUGUUUGAUGGGUCUCUCGAUCCUGAAGAAGGUGAGCGUCAGCUGGCCGAGCUGGACGCCGAAACUGCGGUCCCUCCCCCUCUUUUCUUUCCCUCUCCCUCCCCGGAUCCUGCUCCUUCCGCCGACGCCGUCCUGGUCUCAACAACCGCGGCUAUGCAUCGCAUGAGUGUGGACCCGACCGCUCCGAUCGCUCCGAUCGAAUCUCAAGGGAAGCGCGCUGCCGCUGUUGUCGUCGAGUUCGCUCGCCAGCGAACUCCGUCUCAAGGUCGGGUGAUCGUCCCUCUCGGUCCUGGAACGGGUCGCAUGUCGACUGUUUGGUCGCCCGUGGAGAGGAACGGUGCCGGGAAGAUGAUGCAGGAUCCCCCGGGUUUGAUGCCUGGAGAUGUACUCGCCGACUACGCCUGCCAAAGGUGUGCGGCUGAGUUUACCACCGUGGCCUUUCGUUGCUACACGAGGUCCGGCCAAGUUUCGUGUACGAAGUGCUCCAGGGAGCAGAAAGGCUGCAGCUUCCAACCCGGGUGGAUGCCGAACAAGGGAAAGUCCAAGGGGAAAGGGAAGUCGAAAGCGAAGGCGGCCGAAAAGUCGGGGGAGCCGGAACCAUCGCGCCCGACCAAGAAGCGUAAGGUCGAGGUGCUCGUUCCCGAACGAUCUGUCGGCGAGAGUAUCGCGCGGACAAAAGCUGUUCGGGCUCGGAAGCCAGUCCAGCGUCUUCCAACCACCACUCGUACCGUCCUGGCCCCUUCCCGUCCCCGUUCCUCUGCUGUCCCCGCUUUGUCCGACUCCUCUCGCCUGUCUCCUGUCGUUGCGCAAGGCAUCGCGUCGGAGCUUCGGUACCGCAUCGCUGUGGCCGAAGGUACGCGUGCCUCGCUGGCGCGUUCGAUCGCGAUGUGGCAGGGUGAGUUGGCAAGUCUUGAGGCGCGUUCGGGUGGAUCGGCAGUUUCGGAUGUGGUGCUGGUGGAAGACUCGUCGGAUUCCGAGGAUUCGGACAUGUCUGUGUUGGGCGACUUUGUGCCCGAUGUGUAG